AUGUGUGUACGUACGGUGGUAGGUAACGAGAGCAACGAGCCGGUAGUGGUAUACAGUAAUCAGACGAACAAGCUUCAAAAAGCGAAGGAAAAAUACAUGAAGCUGCACGACGACAUGGUGACCAAAGAGUUGGAGAUCAUCAAAAAGCGAAAGAACGAAUCGGUUUUUAUCCCAGAACUGGCUGAUGACAUCCUGAGGGCUAGCACCAUUAACUACAGCUCGCUUUUGAACACUUCGGCCAAGUACUACGAGGUGGUGCAGCAGACAAAGCUGUUCAAAAUUCUGUUUUACACGACGCAACCGGCUCAUGUCAUCAUGAUCGCAGCGGUCCUCUGCGUGACAUCGGCUCUUGUGCCGACAACGGAUCGAAUGCACGUCGGUCACCCGCAGUCGAGAGCAACGUCUUUCAUUUACCUGGCUUCGUUCAUGAUGCACCUCGGCGCCCAAGUCUGGAUGACUUUCGUAUCGGGUCUGUCCUUAUACUUCGCAUUGCCGAGGCACACGUUCGGCGAAGUCCAGCGCAUAUUGUUUCCUAGAUACUUUACGAUCAACGCUUGCCUCAGUCUCACUACGCUCUUGAUUUUCGUGAAGCAUCAUCCGAUACACACUUGGGACACGGAAAUCGCUGUUCAGGUGGGCGGUAUGUCCAGCGCCUUUUUUCUAGAACUUCUCAUACGACUCUAUCUGACUCCGCCCUUGCUACAAUUGAUAGUGCAAAAGAACACCCUGGAACGCGCCGCCGGUGUCGGCAACGAAAUAGGUGCCCACAAUCCCGGCCCGUUGAAACACUGCCCUCACUAUUUAAAGAUCCAUCAGACCUUUAGACGUAUCCACGUCUACAUAGCGAUGGGAAACAUGUUAACUAUGGGAUGUACAGUGUUACAUCUUCAUUACAUAGCUAGCAAAUUAUGCGUUCUUUAAAGAAGACGAAUCCUCUCGCUGAAUAUAUGCAGUAUAUUCCGAGUUUUCAAAGGAGGCUGAAGCUUCGAAAGCGUGUUAGCAAAAAAGGUGGUCGCCGAUUGUAACGUCGUUCGUAUAAGGAAUACAGGUGAAAUUUAAUGACUGAGGAGGAAUAGAUAGCGGACGGCUGAAGCCAUGAAGCAAUGAAUUAUAUACUCUAGAAAAACAUGUUUAGAAUUCUUCGUGCGUUGAAGAUAGAAAAGAUACUGAGGCUCGCUUAUGUAAUUGUAGAAUGAGUGUUUAGUGCAAUUUAGCCGAGCAUUUAUAGAAUCCCAUUAAACGAACAUGACCUGUUAACUUAUUAUUAACGCGAUGCAUUAAUUAUAAUAAAAAUGUAACGAUAUAUAUAUAUAUGGUUGACGGUGACGUAUGUGUAAUACGUUCCACCGUGAAAUGAUUAGAUUUUCUUUCCGUCAUUUUCUUGUCCGCUGGCAAAUGCAAUGUGCGUGUUUGUGGAUCGUACGUGUGCCUCCGGCUGAGAUGACUAGUUAGAAUGCAUGGGGAUCGCGAAGUAAAAUUCGCGAUUAAUCUUUUGAACGAAUAUAUGUAAAAUUAAUUGAACGGAACAAGAUGAUACGAAUCUUGCCAAAGUUUAAUGUAAAUCGAUGAUAGUAGUAAUAUUUAACAAAAGUUAAUUCGACGUACAUCGUACGCCUAGAUCGUGUUUUAGUCGUCGAUAUAAAAUUGAGAUAAAAAUUAAGGUGAUCGACUGUAUUAAUUAAAAAUAGAUAGUAAAACGGCUGCUCUGUAUCAGAGUUGAUAUUUAUUGAAUUAGCGGUAGCACUAUAAUAGUUUAAUCCUAUAUCUGCGUAAAGUUGUCGGAUAUUUGAUGAAAAACGAACAAGAGAUUAUUGUGUAAAAUGAAUGUAUUAAUUGGCUAAUGUCCUGUCUCCCAUUACACAUUUCAUUAUUGUAAAUAAUGCAUCUCGCUGCUCAUUACUAUUACGUAUUUGUAAAUUAUCAAAUGAUCGAAUAUCAAUGUACGUAUAAAAUCGUGCUUUUUUCAAAA